AUGCAUCUAUACUGUCUGAGUCUCGUCGUGUUCAUAUCCUACAUCCUCUAUCGAGGCAUCUACAACCGCUACUUCCAUCCCCUACGCGGAAUCCCCGGUCCCUUCUGGGCCUCUAUAUCCGAUUUCUUCAAACUAUGGAUUCUACACACCAAACAAGCCCACACUUUAGGCAUCGAGUAUCAUGAGAAAUACGGACCCAUCGUGCGCGCUGCACCGAAUCUAUUGGCCGUGGAUGAUCCCAUGCUUUUGCCCCAGAUUUACCAUCGACGAGUAGACAAGACUGAUGUGUAUACAGUGGGGGUGCUGGGUGAGAUUGCCCCGCCGUUCCAGACACUCAAACAUGAUGAACAUGCCAUGAAGCGGAAAAGAGUGGCUGCUUCUUUUACUUUGACCAAUUUGAAAUCACUUGAGGGUCAGGUCGAUGAUCGCAUUAUCCAAUGGACGGGAGUGUUAACUGAGAGGUUUGCUCAAACUGGCGAAGAGAUGGAUUUUGCUGCUUGGUCACAGUGGUUUGCCUACGACAUGAUCUGCCAGCUUUCAUUUGGCGAGCCCAUUGGAUUUAUCAGCCAAGGUCGGGAUGUUGAGAAUCUGAUUGAAAACUUCCAUCAGAUGGCGCCUUUCGCUGCAAUUGUUGGGGCUUUGCCAUGGCUAGCUCGACCCUUUUUGGAGAAUCCGAUCACGAGACGGUAUUUCAUGCCCAAGCCAGGCGAUGGGUCGGGAACAGGAAAAAUCAUGGCCUUCCGCGAUCGGCUCCUUGCAGAGCGAUUGAACAAUCCCAAACAACGACAGCAGGGCGACUUCCUUGACAAUAUCCUCAAUGCAAAGAACCCCGACGGAUCCACCAUUACUCUGGACGAAGUCAAAACCGAAUGUUUUGUGCUCAUGGUAGCGGCAUCCGAUACGACGGCCGCGUUCUUCUGCGGAUUCAUUCGAUACGUGCUUCAAACGCCAGGCGUGUAUGACAAGCUGGUCGCUGAGAUUGACGAUUAUGAUCGUCGAGGACUGCUCACUCAUCCCGUCCCCCUCUACGACGAGGUCAAAGAUAUGCCCUACUUCUCCGCUUGUUAUAAGGAGACAAUGCGGUAUCAGCCCUCCACCCCGAUGAUCAUCCCCCGCUACGUCUCCGAGGGAGGUAUGACGCUGCAUAAUCAAUAUAUCCCAGCGGGGACAGAGAUUGGCGCGAAUCCAUACGUUGUUCAUCGGAAUCGACGAGUCUUCGGCGAUGAUGCCCAUGACUUCCGCCCCGAGCGCUGGUUGGAAGAUCCAGAGCGGGCGGCCUUGAUGGAUAAGUGUAUCCUGACGUGGGGAUACGGGAGUCGUAUCUGCUUAGGCAAGAAUAUCGCGCUGUUGGAGACGUAUAAACUGUUGGUUCAGUUCUUCCGUUUAUUCCGACCCAAGAUUAACAAUGGAACGAGACCGAUCUGGAAGCAGGAAAAUCUCGCUUUGUUGGUGCAUCAUGAUUUCUGGAUCAAGAUUGCUAGCAGAGAACAUUUAGCCUAG